UCCGAGUUUCACAACAUCAGAUGCAGCCACCCUGACAGCAAUUUGUUGUUAUACUCAAGAAUGUGGGCCAGGGCCUGGAGUUUAGCUUUAUGUUGCUUUGCAAUCAUGAUUUGCACAGAAGAACUAUUUGCCGCCAGAAAUAAUACCCUACACAAGGACUGUUCUCCAGAUUGUUCUGGAAGGAAGAGAGUCAGGAGAAUUCCACUCAGGAGAAGCUACUGCUGGCUGAGAGGCUGUUGCCCAGGCAGAGAUGACAACUGCAUCUUUCAAUACAAUGUCAGAAAUGCCACAUGCUACUGUGAUGAAUUUUGUACUUCAGAGCCUCCUGAUUCUAUUGACUGCUGCCCAGACUUCUGGCUGGCCUGCCACAAGCAUACUCCAGAGCAUGUAAGACCUCAGGUACAGCAAUGGGGUUGCUUCAAAGAUGGCCAGCAUUAUGAAGAAGGAGCAACAUUUAAAGAUAACUGCAACCGUUGCGAGUGUGUAGACAGUCAUUGGAGAUGCACAAAUGAAAUGUGCCUCAUUCAGCCCAAAUUAAUUGAGCAAAUCAACAGUGGGACCUACGGAUGGAAAGCUGAUAACUACAGUCAGUUCUGGGGAAUGAGCUUGAAAGAAGGUUUCAGUUAUCGCCUUGGCACAUUUCAUCCAUCGGCUGCCCUGCUGGACAUGCAACCUGUCACGGAAAACACAGCAGCUGUUGCAGACUUCCCCGGAUUCUUUGUGGCUUCCUAUGAAUGGCCAGGCUGGAUUCAUGAUCCUUUGGACCAAAGAAACUGUGCAGCAUCCUGGGCAUUUUCCACUGCAAGUGUGGCUGCAGACAGAAUAGCAAUUCAUUCCCAAGGCCGUUUCACAGACAACCUUUCGCCUCAGAAUCUGGUCUCUUGUGCCAUCAAGAAUCAGCAUGGCUGCAAAGGAGGAAGCAUAAGCAACGCUUGGUCUUAUAUCAAAAAACAUGGGCUGGUAUCCCAUGCCUGCUACCCUUUAUUCUGGAACCAGCUUCACCCGAUGACUUGUGCCAUUACAAGUGUGUUUGAUGCUGAAGGGAAAAGACGGGCCAUAAAGCCGUGUCCAAAUCAGUUUGAAACAUCAAACCGCAUUUAUCAGUGUGGCUCUCCCUACCGAAUCCCUUCAAAGGAGGCCGAUAUAAUGAGAGAAAUCAGAGAAAAUGGUCCAGUGCAAGCCAUCAUGAAAGUAUACGAGGAUUUCUUCCUUUAUAAGAGCGGGAUUUAUAGGCAUACCAGUGAAGAACCACAGCAUGAGCCCCAGGAGAGAUCCCAUUCUGUCAAAUUAGUUGGGUGGGGUAUGCUAGAAGAUGUUGAAGGACAAUGGCAAAAAUAUUGGAUUGCUGCAAAUUCCUGGGGAAUUUCCUGGGGAGAAAGUGGUCAUUUCAGGAUUUUACGAGGACAAAAUGAAUGCGAUAUUGAAAAACUGAUCAUAGCUACCAAAUGUCACCUUUAAGAGAUUUUCAUUACAGCCACUAUUUUGUUCUACAUAUUUUCUGCACAAAUGGAAUAUAUAACCUCUAACCUCAAUAUGGGCAUACUUACAUUUGUUAUUUUCUCUUCACUAAAUAUGCUGCAUUUCUAUGUCCGAUGUAAGACUGUUGGUGAACAUUUAAAUGUCAGCCCAGCAUGAUGAAAGACUAUUACCCGUCUUAACUUCACUUCUACUGGUAUUUAGAUGAUCAUAUUCAUUAUUGGAGCAGUCCAAAUGCAGUAAACACGGAAUGAGAACAAUUGGGUUGGUGUCCUUCUUUUCUUCUGAAUUGUGAUCAAGAUUAGUCUUGUGAGAUUGUGUAACCACCAGAGUCCCUGAGAAAAAUGCAUAUUAAAAAAACCAGAACUGGCUUGCUUCAAAAAGA